AUGUCAUUUCAUUUUAUUGUCCUUUUUACUACCCAAAAAAUUCAAAAAGUAAAGAAAUGGAAAGAUGGAAUAGGAAUAUAUUCUGAAGAUAAAAAAAAAUUUGAAUUAUAUGAAGAAGUUAAUGGUAAGAAGCAAUUAAUAACAAGUGAAACGAUUAAAAAAACACCAAGUGUUGGUGAUAUAAUUGAAGUUGAUAAAUUUCUCAUUGACAUUGACUCUGUACAAUCAGAAGAAACUAAUCCCCAAAUUGACAAGACUAAUGCACAUAAUACAAUACCUAUUUGUUCAAGAGUUUGUACUGGCAUGAAGAAAAGAAAAACCAGUUUAAAACCACUACUAACAACAACACCAAGAAGUUCAAUAAUAAAGACUGACAAACAAAAAAAUAGUAUUAAAGAAUUAAUUGACAUAUUUGAAGGAAAAGAAAUAAGUCAAGAACAACAUAAGAAGAUAAAUAAACAAACAGGUUGUAUUAAAAAAGAGUUAGGAAGGAAAGGAUUUAAAGUACCAAAAGCAAUGGAAAAAAUUGAGUUUCCUAAAAGUUUAAUUGAUAGUGAAGAAAAAAUAGAAAGAAUCAAAAGAAAUAAAGAGUCAAGUCAAGGGAUAUACACUAAUAUUGGUAAAUAUGUCACUGAUAUGAAUAAUAUUGUAGUUAAUGAAAUAAAUUAUAGACUAGCAGAAAUUGGACAAAUGUUUUAUACAAUAGUUGAUACACAAGCCAUUGAAAUGGGAGGUAAAGGAAGAAUAAGUAUUUGUUCACAUGGAGUUGCAAUAAGACAAAUAUGUCACAAAGAAGGAAUAAAUAAAGGAAGAGGAUUUUAUUGUUGUCCAGAACAUAAAUGCAAAGCAUUUCAAUGGGAUAAAGAAGGAAUAAAUAAGACAGAGUUAAGAUAUAAAUUACCAGAAGCAAUUGAUCGUAAAAUUGAAAUGAAAGAAUUGAAUGUAAAAAUAUUUGAAGAACAAGGGAUUAUUGUUUUUCUUGAUGUUGAAGUUUUUCAAAGUAAGAAAUUAGUACCAACACCAGAAGAUCCAGAAAGUACAAAAACAAUAUAUUUUAUGAAAAUUAAUGAUAUAAGGAAAGUUAAAGAAUUAAAAAAAGAUGAUUUAUGGAUAUUAUUACCUCAAGAAUAUCCUUAUUCAUUAAAUUCAAAAAUUUAUAUUGUAACAUCAUUAUAUCAUGGACCAACUAAAGAUGGACUAAUUGGAAUUGAAUUUAUUACACCAACACCAACAAAUUUUAAAAGAAUAAAUUGUAUUGCAUUACGUGGAUUUUCAGGAUCAACAGAAGUCUUGAUACUCCAAACAUUAGUUCAAUUAUCAAUUACACCUAUUCAUUUACUUUCUAGUCUUAUGCAAUAUUUGAUAUUUCAUAAAUUUACACCAACAAAAUAUCAACCACUACCAGACAUUCAAAUAAUUAAAGAAUAUAACUUAAAUAAUGAACAAAUUCAAGUCAUUGAAGAAGUUAUUCAAUCCCUUCAAGAAAACAAACCACCAUUAACUCUUGUUCAUGGAGUUUUUGGAUCAGGAAAGUCACAUCUUCUUUCAGUGUUAUGUAUUUUAUUAGCAUCUCUAAAUUAUAAAGUAUUAGUUUGUGCAUCAACUAAUGUUGCAGUUGAUAGAGUUCUUGAAAGUUUAUUAACAAAAAAUUAUAAGUCAUUCUUUCGUGUUGGGUCAUUAAAAAAAAUUAGUAAACAAAUAUUACCAUUCACUCUUUCAGAAAAUGAUGGAUUAAAUGAUCUUAGAGAAUUAAAAAAAGAAAAGUUAUUAACAAAUGAAGAAAGAAGAAUUAUUGAAAAUGAAAUUAAUGAAAGAAAAAGUGGAAGUAUUGAAAAAAGGUCUCAUGAUAUAAAAACAGCCUCUAUUGUUGGUGUUACAUGUGCAUCUUCUACAAAUCCAAUUCUUAAUAAUUCCUAUGAUAUUAUUCUUCUUGAUGAAGCUACUCAAACUAUUGAACCUAUGUUACUUAUUCCUAUUCUUAGAUUUAAUCCAAAAUGUAUUGUUUGUGUUGGUGAUCCUAUGCAACUUGAUCCUGUUCUUCAAACUGACCAUCUUUCUGCUACUCUUUUCCAAAGACUUUGUUCUUUAGAAAUUCCAAUUAUGUUAAAAGUUCAAUACAGAUGUUGUCCUCCUAUUAGUAAUAUUGUUAAUAGACUCUAUUAUAAUGGUAAUUUACAAAAUGGUGCUAAUGUUUAUAAUCAACAUUCUCUCAUCCCUUCAAGUAAUGAAAUUAUACUUUGUUAUCAUGACAUUGAUGAUGAAAAAAUUCUUGGUUCGAGUUAUUAUUCUCAUUUCGAGCUUUGUGUUGUAAAUCAAAUCAUUUCUAUUUUAUCUCAACUUCUUAUUCCACUUAAUCGUGUCGGUGUUAUUUCCUUUUAUAAACAACAAUGUGAAUAUCUUGCUUCUUCGAUAUCUCAAAAAGAAAUUACAGUAGCAACUAUUGAUGCAUUCCAAGGUGCUGAAAAAGAUAUUAUUUUACUCUCUUUCGUUAGAAAUAAACAUUCUUCCUUUUUAGAAUCUGCAAAACGUCUCAAUGUUGCUCUUACUCGUGCUCGAAAUAACUUAAUUUUCAUAAUGCACAAAAACAUCUUACAAGAUGCUUUUAUCCAAAAUCUCUUCUUAAACACUAAUGUUUCUUACAUUGAUUGUGACGUUCUUCUUCACUCAAAACAAUUCAUUUUUGAAUAA